CAAUAUCCACCUCAAAAACACACACAAAAACAAGAAAAAGAAGCAAACAAAACAACACUAUUCUUUCAAGAUUCAAGCAAUGGUGAAGACAGAGCAAAAAAGUUUAGUAGAGCCAAACAAGAAAUCAAUGUCAAUAUCAUCAUCAUCUUCUUCAACAUCAAGCAAUAUCAAUAACAUGAAGAUGAAGAAGAAUAAGUACAAAGGAGUUAGAAUGAGAAGCUGGGGAUCAUGGGUAUCAGAAAUAAGAGCACCAAAUCAAAAAACAAGAAUCUGGUUAGGUUCCUAUUCUACCCCUGAAGCUGCUGCUAGAGCUUAUGAUGCUGCACUUUUAUGCCUAAAAGGCCCUUCUGCUUCUUCAAAUCUCAACUUUCCUUUUGACUCUUCUUUCUAUCACCACAUUGAUCAUCACACUUCUACAACACUCUCUCCUAAAGCCAUUCAGAGAGUGGCCGCGGCAGCCGCGGCCACUCCUGAACAAAAUGUAGGGUUAGUACUGUCAGAUGACAGUACUAACCCUACUAUUUUAUCAUCUCCAUCUCCACCGCCUUCUUCUUCUACUACUACUACUUCUUCUGAGGAUAUAAAUGAUGUUUGUUUAUUACCAAAUUAUACUUUUGAUCAAGAGAUGUCAAUGAUUGAGCAAUGGUACAAUUUUGAUUCACCAAAGUAUAAUGACAUGUUACAUGGUACAGUUUUCUUUGAUCCACCUUCAAUGGAGGAUGUUUAUUAUGAAGAAUCAUCAGCAGAUAUCCCUUUAUGGAGUUUUUGCUAAUCAUCAAGAUCUCACUUCAAUUAUUUAAUUAUUCUUUGAAAGAAAAAACAAAAAAAAAAGUUUUUUCUUUUUUUUACAUGUGAUGUCAAGUUAAUUUUUUCUUGAACAACAUCACUUACAUAGACUAAUUUUAUUUAUAUUUAUUACUAUUAGGGGAAAAAAAUUUAGGGACAAUACAGAGAGAGAAGUCAUAUUUUCUGGACUCUCCCAUGUGAGUUCCUAGAAAAUUCUUGUUAAAGAUAUAUUCUUUAAUAGAAGUGUGUCAUAUGCUGUAUCAUUUAUUGUGUACUCAAAGUGCAAUAAAAAAAUGGUGGGAAAAUAUUUAUUUU